UCAUUUAAGUGUGCAACAAAAUUUGGCGCCCAAACGUGGAGCGGAUCAACACUAUGAAGAAAGUGGUUGUCUGAGGGAAAAGUUUGAACGUACGAGAUGGAUCUGGAGAAGCUACAAGACCAGCUAACAGAGCUACUGUGUCCGCUAACUUUGGAGCAGCUAAAACAGGUCUGUACCCAAGCUAAAGUCCCGUCAGACACAUCAAAGAGACAUGCGUUGAUCCGUAACAUAAACGAGACUGUGGACAAAGUGAUUGACAGUGAGGAUGAAAAUGCGGCAGAAUUGUUUGUGAGGGAGUUAAUAGCUACAGCUAAAACGUUGAGGCAAAGUGGAGCGAAAGGCGAUGGGGAAAGUGGCGCGAGCGAGUGUGAGUUACUGCGAUUACAGCGACAGUAUGCCGAGAUGCAGAUACGCUUCCAAGAGUCAACGAAAUUGAUAGAGGAAGAAAUGAAUCGGCUGAGAGGGAACGUAAACAAGACCACUAGCCUGCCCAUGACAACUAGCGCGCCCAUCGAUCCCCAACCUACUUUUCCCCGAGCGUCAGAAGUGGUAAUUAGACGUGAGUUCAGAAUUAGCGGCCAAAUAGGUGAGCUGGGACAGAAGGAUAAACUGUCAUACACCAGUCUAAUGCAUCAGAUUGACACGGGAAAACGUAAGGGCCACAGUGAUGCUGAGAUUGUCGAAGCUGUAGUGAAAGCUGCCUCUCCCGGAAUGAGUCUCAGAGAUAUGCUGGAAAGCAAGAGCAGUUUGACACUUAGCCAUCUAAAAACAAUUCUGAAAGCUCACUACAAAGAAAACAGCACCACCGAUCUGUUUCAUAGACUCGUGAAUAUUGCCCAAGAUGCUAAAGAAUCCCCUCAGAACUUUCUAUUUCGGGCAAUUGAACUUAAAGAAAGACUGAUGGCCGCUGCUUUUGAUUCUAGCGCUGAUGUGCAGUAUAGCCCCGACCUAAUUCAGAGAAAAUUCCUCAGGUCCCUUAGCACCGGGCUAUUGAGCGAUAACAUCAAGCUGCAACUAAAAUGCUACAUGGAUGAUCAGAGCGUGACUGACGAGAUGCUGAUAGAGAAAAUGAACGAUGCGGCCGCUGUUGAUUUAGAGAGGGAACAGAAAAUGAAAAGGAGCUUCACAGUCAGACCCGCCAGAGUAAACGAGCUACAGGCAGAGCCAGCUUUGGAUCAGUUACAAACAGACACAGCAUCAGCCAGGGCCAACGUCAAAAGCCAAAAAGUCACCACGGCAAAAAGUAACAUCGAGAUAGAACUGAUGGAUGCUGUCAAACAACUGAGAGAGGAGGUAGCAGAGCUGAGGAAGAAUGUUCAUCAGUCACCACGGCCACCGAACCAGUUCCAACACCACCAGCAGUCACCACGACCACCGAACCAGUUCAGACCCAGGACCAGACGGGCGUGCAGAGGAUGUCAGGAGAGAGGCAAUGAGGAGCAAUGUGACCACUGCUUCAAAUGCGGCCUGGCUGGACACCUCGCUCGAGACUGUAGGGGUCAGCGGAGCUACAGCGGUAACAGUGACACAGUGAACCUGUCUGGCCAGAGUGUAGGAAGUGCCAUCCAAGAACAGCUCGGUGAGUCCAGUGAGACGCAGGCGAUCCUGAGGGACUGCAUCCAACAGCUGGAAGAGAAGGUGCAGGCAGCAGAGGGACCAGGCGAGCGUCUUCCAGGGUCUGUGAACAUCAGCCACAUCUCUCCCCGACACCAGUCUCAGCUGCUGCGUCUCAUCGGAAAGAAGUGCAUGGUCAGCUGCUACUUCAACGGUGUGAAGACUGAAGCAUUAUGGGACACAGGGUCACAAGUUUGCCUCAUCAACGAAGCCUGGCGGAAGAAGAACAUCCCGAAGGUGAGAGUCCGUGACACUGUAGAGCUGCUAGGCCCCGGCGCUCUGGUGGGGAAAGCCGUCAACCAGACAGACAACCCAUUUCGAGGGUGGGUGGAAGUGGAGUUCCAGCUCGAGCCAGCCCAAGCCCCGCACUUCAUGCUACAAGUCCCGAUGCUAGUGACCAGUGAGAAGGGUGCAGCUGAGGAGCCAAUCAUCGGGUACAAUGUCAUCGAGCAGCUGCUGAAGAGUGGGGUGGGCCACCCACAGGAGGUAGUCGCACAGGCGGUGAGCACAGCUUUCUCUUUUGACUGUAAAAAGGCUGAAAUGUUUGUGAAAAUUGUAAAAGCCAGUGACCCUGAGUGCAGUGAUGGUGUGGUGAGAAUGGGAAGGCAGAGAGAAGUGAUACCAGCUGGCCAAGUGAAAAGUGUGAAGUGUUCAGUGAGGACAGGGCCUCUGAUAGCUAGACAAGAAGCACUGUUUAUGCCUGACGAACAAGCCCCCUUGCCAGAUGGUCUUAAUAUGACAGAGAACAUGUUAACACUGAGUAAAGGGACAUACUCCCGCCUAGCCCUGCCUGUUGCUAAUGACACAUGCCAUGACAUCACUCUGAGCCCCCGCACAGUCCUAGGGCAAGUCCAGUUAGUCAAAGCUGUGUAUCCUGCAGAAGCCAAGCCUGUCGUCGCCCCCCCAGCCUCUCCUGUGGUGCCCCCUACAGUCAUCGAUGAGGAACUUCAACCUGCUGAAAAGGGGCUGGAUGACAAAGACAGGUAUGAUCCACCGAUUGACCUCUCUCACCUCCCCUUUGUACAGCAGCAGAAAGUGAAGCAGAUGUUGAGGGAAGAGUGUCAAGCAUUCGCGAGAGAUGAAAAUGAUGCGGGCUGUAUCCCUUCUCUGCAGCUCAAAAUCAGACUCACUGACCCAACACCUGUACGCCGUACGUAUGUGUCUGUUCCUAAACCCCUACACAGAGACGUCAAGCAGUACUUAGAAGAUCUCCUGAACAGGGGCUGGAUUCAGAAAUCACGAUCGCACUACUCGUCACCCAUUGUCUGUGUGCGUAAGAAAGAUGGUACUCUCCGUCUAUGCUGUGAUUAUAGGGAGCUCAACCAAAAGUCACUGCCUGAUCGCCAUCCCAUCCCACGCAUUCAAGACAUGCUAGACAGCUUACACGGCAGUGCCUGGUUUUCAGUGCUAGACCAAGGCAAAGCGUAUCACCAGGGCUUUAUGGAAGAGAGUAGUAGGCCCCUCACUGCCUUUAUAACACCCUGGGGACUCUACGAGUGGGUAAGAAUUCCCUUCGGCUUGUCUAGUGCCCCCUCUGAAUUCCAACGCAGCAUGGAGGAAUGCCUGGUUGGCCUGCGAGAUGAGGUAUGUGAGCCCUACUUAGAUGACAACUUGUGUCACAGUAAAACGUUUGAUAACCACCUGAAUGAUGUUAGGAAAGUGCUUCGACGGUAUCAGCAGCAUGGGGUGAAACUGACUGCCAAGAAGUGUGAGCUGUUCAAGAACAAGGUCAGAUUCCUGGGGAAGAUCGUGACAAAAGAAGGCUACACGAUGGAUCCAGCAGAGGUGGCCCCCGUGCAAGAUAUGAAGGAACGAAAACCAGCUACCGUGGGUGAGUUGAGAAAGCUACUUGGCUUCAUCUCAUACUACAGAUCAUACAUCCCAAACUUCUCUCGCAUUGCCAAGCCUCUGUAUGCCCUGUUGUGCUCUGACGUGUCAAGCCAGGACGCCAUAGUGGCUGAUCACAAGAAGAGAAAAGCAGUGUCGCAAAAGAAGAAGCGAACCCAGGUGCCCUCCCAUCAGCGUAUCAAGUGGAAAGAUGAGCAUAGUGCAGUACUGUGUCAGCUGAUAGAUCACCUGUCUAGCCCCCCUGUAUUAGGCUACCCCAACUUUGAAGAGCCGUUCGUCCUACACUGUGACGCUUCACAAGAAGGACUCGGGGCAGUGCUUUAUCAAAGACAGGAAGGAAAGAUGAAGGUCAUUGCUUAUGGCUCCCGCACUCUCUCUGCUGCAGAGAAAAAUUACCAUCUCCACUCUGGUAAGCUAGAAUUUUUAGCAAUGAAAUGGGCCAUCUGUGAGCGAUUUAGAGAUUAUUUGUAUUAUGCUCCAAACUUUGUAGUGUAUACUGAUAAUAAUCCUCUAACAUAUGUACUUACCACUGCUAAACUGAAUGCAACACUGCUGAGAUGGGUGGCCGAGUUAGCAGACUUCAGAUUUACAAUCAAGUACAGGCCAGGGAAGUCUAACUCUGAUGCAGAUGGGCUAUCCAGAAUGUCUCUCGAGAAGUACAUGCUUACCUGUUCCCAGCAGAUCCAGCCUGAAAUCUUGUCCAGUUUCUCCAAAGGUCUGUCCGUCCAGCAGGAAGAGAGAGAGCCGCUCCUGUGUCCACUGGCCAUCACCACAGCAAUCACGGCGGCGAGCAGUGAAGGGCAGAAUGACACCGUCACGCAGAUCUCCCCAGACGACCUGAAGGCCGCACAGAAGGAGGAUCCCCUACUACAGCAGGUGAAGCAGUGUGUCAUUCAGCAGCAGUGGCCCAGGAUCAUUGACGUGCACAGUGAGUUGUCAGUGUUUGCUAGAGAGAAAGCUAAACUGUUGUGUGAUGCUGACGGUGUACUCCGGCGGCAAACAUAUACACGAACACAACUGCCACCAAAGUUUCAGCCCCAGAUCCUGAACCAGUUACAUGAAGAGAUGGGUCACUUAGGUGUUGAACGGACACUCAAUCUAGUCCGUGAGCGAUUCUUCUGGCCACACAUGCAGAGAGAUGUAGAGCACCACAUUAACGUGUGCAGUUGUGUGAAGCGUAAAAGACCCCAGAGAGCAGUAAGAGCGCUACUCACUAGUAUCAAGACAACAUACCCCUUUGAGCUGGUCUCAAUUGACUUCCUCCAUCUAGAGAAGUGCAAAGGAGGAUACGAUUACAUCCUAGUGGUCAUGGACCAUUUUACACGCUUUGCCCAGGCGUAUGCAUGCAAAAACAACAGUGCUCGAACAGCAGCUGAGAAAAUCUUUGGAGACUUUGUCUUGAAAUUCGGCUUCCCCGCUAAAUUGCACCAUGACCAAGGGAGAGAGUGGGAAAACAAACUGUUUGCUGAACUCCAAAAGUACAGUGGCAUCCAAGGCUCACGCACAACCCCCUACCACCCCCAGGGGAACGGUCAGGUAGAACGCUUUAAUCGCACCCUGCUGGCCAUGCUGCGUAACCUGGAUAAUGAAGCCAAAGCCGAUUGGAAAAGUUCCCUUGACAAAGUUGUUCACGCAUACAAUGUCACCCGAAAUGAGUCCACUGGAUAUGCCCCAUACUUUCUGCUCUUUGGCCGUAACCCCAGAUUGCCCAUAGACAGCAUGUUCGGCAUCCCACACAGCGCUGGUAGUGUGUCUCAUGAGGAGUACGCAAGGAAAUGGAAGCUCAGAAUGGAGGAGGCAUACCAGUUGGCCAACAAGGCAGCCCAGGCUAGUGGGAGAAGAGGAAAAGAACUCUAUGACAGAAAGAUUCAGGGAGCAGAGCUACAUCCUGGGAAUAGAGUCCUGAUCCGAAAUCUCACAGAAAGAGGUGGGCCUGGAAAGCUGAGAUCGUUCUGGGAAGAGAAAGUUCAUGUGGUGGUGAAGAGAAAACAUCCAGAAAGUCCUGUCUAUGAAGUGAAACCAGAAGAUGGCCAGGGUCGCACUCGAGUGCUUCAUCGGAACCUACUGCUUCCCUGUGACUUCUUGCCGGUCGACACACAGAGACCUGAAAAGAAAAGAGGUGAGAAAGGGCACACUGUCAAGAAAACAACCAAGACCACACGCCACACAGAACCAGAGCCUUCAUCUGACCAGGAAGAGGAUGACUGGAGAGGCAUCGCUGGCUGGACUGAGGAGGAGCCCACAGAGCGACAGAGCGACCUGAGAGCCGAGGCCAUGGAGUUCCACCCACAUCAGCCGGUAGCAGAACCAGCACCUGGGGAAGGAGAUGGCAUCGCAGAGCCAGUGAGUGAGGAGGAACAAGUGGUGGAGCCAGGCGAAGUAGAGACAGUGAUGGCCGAUCCAGAGGGAGAGGUAGAGGUGUCGCCACCAGCCUUCCAGCCGGCCGAUCCUGAGGGAGAGGGAGAGGUGUCGCCACCAUCCUCACCGCCUGCAAGACCAUAUCCUUCCAGAAUUAGAUAUGCACCUAGAACACUUACAUAUGGCACUCUAGGCCGGCCUACACUUAGUUCAAGUCAGUUUAAGAUACAUAGAGUUACUUACCUUUGA